CGCAACACUCCAGAACACUGGUGAACUGAAUCGUUCGUUGCGUAACGGAGAAACAGGCAGGCAACGAGAAGGAUUGAUAAAUAGGACAACGACAUUCCAGUUUUAUUAUACAGUCCACUUCCUCCCACUUUGACCUGCGACAAACUUGGACCACUUCGAGAGUGUGGCCGAGACGACUGCAUCGACGAUCCUGUGCUCGACACUGUUGGCAUCGAUUCUGCAACUUCGGUGUCAAGGAGGAUAUCCUAUGCGCUGAGACAUCUUGAAGCCCGCAACUUUCUCCCGUUUGCGCAAACAUGUCUUCGCAGCAAUCUCUUCGUGAUCGCCAAGUAGCUUCGAUCGAGCGUGUGCUCAAUCUCAAUCGAUCGCAAGUAGACACCCUCGACAUUGCCAAUGGGUCCGCCUCUACAAAUGGUCUCGUACCACAAGCUACCCCUAUACUCAACGAGGAUGGCGAGCCGAUAUGGAAGGUCUUGGUCUUUGAUAAUCUGGGAAGAGACGUGAUCAGCAGUGUUCUGCAGGUGAACGAUUUAAGAAGUUGGGGAAUCACAAUCCAUCUAAACAUUAACAGUCAGAGACAUGCGAUCUCAGACGUGCCUGUGAUAUACCUGGUCGAACCCACCGCUGCCAAUGUGGAGCGCAUCACACAAGAUUUGCAGAAGGGCCUUUAUUCGCCCGCACACAUCAAUUUCCUCACCUCAAUAUCACGGCCUUUGCUCGAGGAAUUUGCAGCGCAGACGGCCCAGGCAGGCACAUCCGAUCACAUUAAUUCCGUAUUCGAUGAGUACUUGAACUUCAUCGUGACGGAACCAAAUCUGUUCAGUCUAGGAAUGGGCAAGGAAACGUAUCACACGAUGAACAGCGCCCAGACCAGCGACGAUGACAUCGACUCAAAUGUGGACAAAAUCGUCAGCGGUCUUUUCGGGGUUGCUGUCACAAUGGGCACUGUUCCGAUCAUCAGAUGUCCCAAGAAUGGUGCUGCAGAACAGAUUGCAAUCAAACUCGACCGGAAGCUUCGCGACCACAUUCUCAACGCGAAGGAUAAUCUCUUUUCAGCCAAACAUGCGGCUCAAGGCACAGCCCCAUCACGUCCAGUGCUGAUCAUCGUUGAUCGAAACGUUGACCUUGUCCCGAUGCUAUCACAUUCUUGGACAUAUCAAUCACUCAUCGGAGACGUGCUCAGUAUGCAUCUGAAUCGCAUCACAGUGGAGACUGCUGCAGAGGAUGAAAGCAAACCUCCUGUCAAAAAAUCAUAUGCUCUGACUGCAAAAGAUUUCUUCUGGAACAAAAACGCUGGCGUUCCAUUCCCUCAAGUUGCCGAAGACAUCGAUGCUGAACUCACGCGUUACAAGAGUGACGCAGAUGAUAUAACCAAGAAGACGGGAGCAAGUUCCAUUGAGGAUUUGCAAAGCGACACCAGUGCAUCGGCACAACAUCUCAAAGCCGCGAUAACGCUGCUACCCGAGCUGCGUGAACGCAAAGCACUGCUUGACAUGCACAUGAACAUCGCGACUGCUUUGUUGAAAGGUAUCAAGGAUCGGCAGCUUGAUAAUUUCUUUCAGCUUGAGGAGGACAUCAAAAAGCAGACGAAAGUGCAAAUAUUGGAGCUUUUGAACGAUUCGGAUAAGGGGAAAGAGCCCCUCGAUAAGCUUCGAAUUUUCAUAAUUUGGUUUCUUAGCACCGAGCAGGAAUUGUCACGCGUGGAUGUCGAGCAAUUCGAGGAGUCGCUCAAGAAGUCUGGAGUGGAUACAUCGCCAAUCACAUACAUUCGUCGGGUCCGCGAGCUGACUCGGAUGACUAUGAUCUCCUCCGCACCCGCACAACAACCACAACAAGCUUCAGCAUCGACAGAGCUCUUCCGAGGCUUCAGCUCGAUUUCAUCUCGUCUUACCGACCGUUUCAAAGAAGCUGGCUUGGGUGCCAACUUCGACAAUCUCAUUUCAGGCGUAAAGAACUUUCUUCCUGUCAACAAGGACCUCACGCUCACCAAAAUCACGGAGAGUCUCAUGGAUCCUCAGAAUGCCUCCACCAGUGCCCUCCAAAAGACCGAGGGUUUCCUGUACUUUGACCCACGUUCGGCAAACGCUCGUGGCAUCAUCCCGCCUAGUGCUAAAGACGCCCGCGCUGGUACACAACAAAACCGCGGUAUUGAUCCCUCAUUCGGACAACGUCGCCAGGGCUUCAGCGAAGCGAUCGUUUUCACGGUCGGUGGCGGCAGCAUGGAUGAGUACGGAAACUUGCAGGAAUGGGCGAAGCGAACGAGCAGUGCUGGAACAAGUGGCGCAGCAGCUGCCGUGGCAAGACGACGAGUUGUGUACGGUAGUACCGAGUUAGUCAACGCCCAGACUUUCUUACAGGAGCUGGCUCGGCUGGGUAAGGAGAGUGCGUGA